AUGUUGAUCAUAUUGAAGAAAGGAAGCAGUAUUCGGACGGUGGAAAAUGUCCGAUUCGAAGACGCCCAUAAACCAACUGUUAAUGGCAGAGUUUUAUCUGACAUUCAAAAUGAAGGAGAAUCAUUCCAGUUUAUUGAAUCAGUCUUGUGGUUUAAAACAUACAUGGUGUCAACUAUUUAUAUAGAUUGUGAUAAACGUGACAUUGUGUGGUAUCGAACUGAUAUUGAACCAUUCUACUUACAUACUGAUACACUUCUUGAAGGCUGCCCACCAAAUGGACAACGCCUUUUUGAAGAAAUUGACAUAUAUGAUUAUGACCCAAUUGUAGAUGAAUUGACUGAUCAUGCCAUUGAAGUUAUGGACCUCAUUUAUGCUGGAAACAUAAACAAGCAAAAGUUCAUGUGUGAAGUGGUGCGAAUCAUUCAUUGCUACAUUUUGCCCUCUUUACGUUUUUCUAUUCAAGACAUACCAAGACUUAAUAAGGCAGCAGAUCAUGUAAAUUCUUUACUUGAAUUGACUGAAAAAGAAAUUGUUGAUAAAGGAAAAUCUGUGGAUUUAUCUACAAACAAUUUAGAAAAGCAACGACACAGACUUAUACGAACGGAAAGCAUGCAUGUAGAAUCUCAUGUCAGAUGUUGCAAUAAGGAGUUUCUGUCUUUUUUCCUCUUACAUAUAGAAAAAGAGAUUUUAGGUCUUGAUUCCCAGCUUCUACAGGUUCAGCAGCACAUUAAUAAAAUCCAUGAUACAGAUUCUGUGACUUCAGAGUUGAGGCAAUACCGCCUAGAUAGAGAUAGGGCAUUCUAUAGACUUGAAAAGCUACAAACUGUGCGGGAGAAUAUUAAGAAUGUGACAUCACGUCCAGAUAAAUUGAAAAGGUUGAAGAAGAGUGUGAAGAUUAAACAAAAUGUGUUUCAUGACAUUUAUAAAGAACUUUCUAUCAGACUGCAAGAGCAAAAGGAAGAGCUUCAUAAACUUGUGUUAAAAAAACUGAAAAUAACUACAGUGAGAGAGGCAAUUAAGAAUUCUCUGAAAGAAUUGGAAAGAGGGGGAUUGAGUCCAACUUCGGGUCAUCCAAGAACCUCCAUUACUGAUGGUAGUGAAUACUCUCUUGAUGUGUUAGGUGGAAUUUUAAGACCAGAAUCUUGGAUGACUAUAGACGAUAAGAUUAAAAAUGCCUUAUGGACUCCUGAUGGCGAAAUAAACCUGAUCCAUCGACAAACUGUAGCUCUACUGAUAGAGAAAACAAAUGCAGCUUUGAGUGAGAUGAAACAGUUUGGAAUUAGGAUUGAGUUUGGUGAUGAUUUACGUGGUCAUUCGAGAAUCUCAUCACUUCUUGUGGAGGACACACUUACAUUAACAAGAUCAUCUUAUGUGAAUGACCAAAAUGAUUUGGUUUCCUCUUUAACUUCCAUCCCUGAAGCUCAAACCUUGCCAAUAUCUGCAGGCAGUGAAAGUAAUACUGACCCACCACAUGUUUUUGAUUCCAGUGUUGAUGAACAUUUUUUAACAUUAGAGAAAGAGGUUGACACAACAUUACUAAGAGUUGUUGGAGAAUCUUCCAGAACCAAGCGAAGUACUAGAACAUUAUCCCAAUCUGUGAGUGAUGAAUUGGCAGACUUAUCAACUAGUUCGCUCAAACGUUCCAUGUGUGACAUUGGCCAGGAUUUCCGUAACAGCAUCGAAAAAAUGUGUAAUUUAUUUUUGACAACCAUUCCAGAAAUAGAAGAAAGACAUUUUAAUAAAUUAUGGAUAAGCUAUGAAGCUAUACUUUGUGAUAAGGUGAUGAAAAAAAUGUUCGAGCUCUACACCGCUGUUUAUAAGAAACCUUGUCAUACACUUUACAAAUCUUUGGUCAAACUUUCCCUCUCAGAAUUUAUAAUUGAUGAUAAAUUUUUCAAGAUGUUGAUGCGACAAAGUUUUGAAGAUUUGAUGGAUAUCGAUAAUAGUUCUGUUUCAUCUUCUGAAGCAAGUUUGGGACGCUCGAAUUCUGACGUUGAGUCUUCCAGUCGCAAAUCUGUGAGUAGUCUGGAAAUUUCAAAGUGUACACUAGAGCAGCUUUAUUCACUGGCAGAUAAAGAAUGUGAAUCUGUUCCAGAUGUGAUUCACAAUGUUUUAGAUCCACAUUCAUUUGCAAAUAAACCCAGAUCUAUGAGUUUUGAUUCAAUGGCAACUUAUACAGAGAGUGAACAAGUGCUUCAUGUGGGUGACACACAUGCAUCAAAAACUGUAGAAGAGUGUUAUAAAGAAGCAUUAGAAAAACUGUUAAGUCCUGCUGUGGAAUUUAUCAAAGAAGCAAUAGCAGCCAAGCCCUUGCUGGAGAAAUUACGAUGGUUGACAAAGUCAUUCAGGUUUAUGAAUAAUCAACUGGUGAAGAUUAGUGAUGGUGAGUCGUCAUGCUGUGAUGACAUGUUAACUAUCACUACAGCCUUAAUUCUUGAUCUAGAUUGUGAUUUAUUCACAGGUCUUUAUGCAACAGUUAACUUACUAAUCGAUCUCAAGGCUCCUUUCCUGUCUGGUGGCGUCCAUGAUUACUGUCUCACAAACUUCUUUGGUGCUUUUCAUUAUUUAUUUGAUAAACAAGUCUUGGAGAGAAGGGAAGCAUCGACUUGUUGA